AACGAUGGCUACAGAGGGUUUCCAAACCUGUCGUCUUUGAAUAAUUAUUGUCAUUCUGGAUGAAAAAUAGCGAUAGUAUCACCCCCUCCCCCAACAUCGUGAUGGAAAAGAAUCCCGUCACACGGUGGUCAUAGUGGCACGAGCUUGAAACUGUUUCGUUACAAUCCGGUGUUCGUAGCAAGCUAGCUAGUUGUUCUGCGUGGGCUUGCGUCACCGGGCAGCUGUCCGUCAAAUUCCUUGGGAGGGGUCUAUAAAACACAAAAUGGCGACUCCAGUCAACAUCCAAAACCCCAGUAAGACGUGGGAGCUGAGCUUGUAUGAACUGCACAGGAGCCCACAGGAGGCGAUCAUGGACGGCACAGAGAUAGCGGUGUCCCCCCGGAGCCUCCACAGUGAGCUGAUGUGCCCCAUCUGUCUGGACAUGUUGAAGAACACAAUGACCACCAAGGAGUGCCUGCACCGCUUCUGCUCCGACUGCAUCGUCACUGCACUCCGAUCAGGGAACAAGGAAUGCCCCACGUGCCGAAAGAAGCUUGUGUCGAGACGCUCGCUCCGCCGCGACUCCAACUUUGAUGCCCUCAUCUCCAAGAUCUACCCCAGCCGCGACGAGUAUGAGGCCCACCAGGACCGGGUGCUGGAGAGACUCAACCGGCUGCACAACAAGCAGGCCCUCAGCUCCAGCAUUGAGGAGGGGCUGCGCAUGCAGGCUCUGCACAGAGCCCAGCGAGUGCGCAAACCGGCGCAGGAGAGCGACAACACCACCUUCAGCGGCGGCGAGGACAACGGGGAUGCACGGUCACACCUCUCCCACGACUCUGCGCCUUCCCACGCGCCCCUCCCCCCGAGCCACACACCCUCUGAGGCCGGGCCCAGUCGGAACCCUAAGCGGCCCAGGGUGUCAGAUGAAUCAGGCCCGGAGGUGGAUGGGGGCAGCCCCACGGCCCCGCUCCGGCACCACAAAGAGGGCCCUGGCUCAGAGAUAGAGCUGGUUUUCCGUCCGCACCCCCUGCUGGUCAACACACAGGACUACAGCCAGACCAGAUAUGUGAAGACCACAGCCAACGCCACAGUGGACCACCUGUCUAAGUACCUGGCUCUGCGUAUCGCUCUGGAGGAGAGGCAAAGAGACAGCCAAUCCGAUGCAGCGAUGGAGAAGGGGAAAGAGGGAGUGGAGGCGGGGGCUAAAGGAGAGAAAUCAGCAGGAGGGGCCAGCCUGAAGAACGUCAGUGAGAAGCAAUACACGAUCUACAUCACCACAUCAGGCGGACAGUUCUCUACUCUGAAUGGCUCCCUGACUUUAGAGCUGGUGAAUGAGAAGUACUGGAAGGUCAGAAAGCCUCUGGAGCUUUACUAUGCCCCCACCAAGGACCAACCUCUUCAACCAUCACAGCCACCGCAGCAGAAGUCCCCACAGCCCAAAGAGGGGUGAGGAGGACAGGAGUCCUCCCUCUGCAGCCGUUUAUCACACGCUGUCUCUGACAGAGUUCUGUGUGUGGCGUGUAGCUGCUUCUAAGGUAGUCAUUUGGAACAUUCCAUAGAUUGAAGGUCUUCAACUUUGACCUCAGAAUCUGAAGUUUUUCUGUUUUUAUCUUCCGUAGCUUCUAAUCAAACCUGAGUAUGAAGUUGUUUUUGCAAUACCUACACAUUUUUUCCUUAAUCGAAUGGUUGACUUAAAAUGCUGUCUGGACCGGUGUGCACACCGACAGGCAACACCUACGUAGUCCAGCCUUCCUUCAGACCACCAAGUGUUGCUUGACCUUGCAUCAGGACUGCCAGAUUUUGUUGAUACAUCAUUUCAGAUCAGUGUGAGGAUUUUACACUACCAUUCAAAAGUUUUAGAAUACCUACUCAUUCAAGGGUUUUUAUUUAUUUUGACUCUUUUCUACAUUGUAGAAUAAUAGUGAAGAGAUCAAAACUAUGAAAUGACAUGUGGAAUCAUGUAGUAACCACAAAAGUGAUAAACAAAUCAAAAUACAGUAUUUUAUAGUUGAGAUUCUUCAAAUAGCCACCCUUUGCCUUGACAGCUUUGCACUUGUGGCAUUCUCUCAACCAGCUUCAUCUGGAAUGUUUUUCCAACCGUCUUGAAGGAGUUCCUACAUUUACAUUUAAGUCAUUUAGCAGACGCUCUUAUCCAGAGCGACUUACAAAUUGGUGCAUUCACCUUAUGACAUCCAGUAGAACAGUCACUUUACAAUAGUGCAUCUAAAUCUUAAAGGGG